AUGGAGCUUUUAGCAGGGGCGAAAAUCAUCCGUCUUCGAACGCACAAAGGGAAGUAUCUAAUAGCUGGCGACGAUGAAGAAUCCGUGCGCCAAGACCGCGACGGUUCGAUGAAACAGGCACGUUGGAGGGUUGAGUUUGUUGAUGGCAAUGAUGGUGUUCGCCUCAAAAGCUGCUACGGGAAGUACCUGACUGCCACAAAUGAGCCCAUUGUUCCCAAGACGAAGGGGCACAAGGUUCUUCAGACUCUCCCGACGCGAUUGACUUCCGCAAUUGAAUGGCAGGUCGAAAGACAGGGAUCUGAGUUGAGAUUCAAAACACAUUAUGGACAAUUCUUGCGUCCCUAUGGAGGUUUGCCGCCUUAUAGAAACAGGGUUGGACAUGACGUACCCUGUAGAACACAUACGGAAGACAAAAUUCUAUGGGAAUUGGACAUUUUGGAGAGCGUAGACUCCGUCAAAUCACAGGAGAAUGCAAUCCACUAG